AUGGUUACUGCAGCAGUUAUUGGUCUGAGUGGAGGAAAGAGGCUAUUGAGUUCCUCUUACCAUUACUCAGAUAUUGUAGAAAAGUUUUCUCAUGCCUCUGACUUUGCCUCCACACAGUGUCACCUUCCUCCUUCUAAAUUUUUAAUUCUUGCGAAGAAAUCAUCAAAAUAUACUCCAACUUUUCCAGCAUCUGAAAGGCAGAAUCACUCCAUAAAAGCUCUUAACGUUGUUGCUGAUUCAGAACAGCGGUUUCAGGGAUGCACUUCUAUUGACUUAGAGGUGGAAACAUCUGGCAUUGAAAAUUAUUCUUUGGAGGCUCUUCUUUUGCUGCAGAAGUCAAUGCUGGAAAAGCAAUGGGGUCUUUCAUUUGAAGGGGAACUAUUAACCCAUAAUUCCAGGAGGGAAAAAAUCCGGAGGAAGCUGCCAGUCACUUGUUCUGGUAUGUCUGCAAGGCAAAGAAGAAUGAAUAUCAAGAGGAAAAUCACUUCUAAAAGUGCUUCCGCAAUCAUGCAGAUGAGGUCCACAAUCUGUCCCGAACUGAUUCAAAACCGUUUCAAGGGAUAUGGAUAUGUCAAAGGUGUAGUGAGUGACAAAUUGCUCUCUCAUGCUGAAGUUGUAAAGCUAUCUGGGAAAAUAAAAGCUGGCCUUUCCUUAAAUGACCAUAAAUCCAGACUGAAGGAAAGAUUAGGAUGCGAACCUUCUGAUGAUCAAGUUGCAACUUCGUUGAAGAUUUCCCGAGCUGAACUACGAACUAAAAUAAUAGAAUGCUCUUUAGCGAUAGAAAAGUUGACUAUGAGCAAUGUUCGCUUAGUUACGUCCAUUGCUCAAAGAUAUGAUAAUAUGGGAGCUGAAAUGGCUGACCUUGUUCAGGGUGGUUUAAUUGGGCUACUAAGCGGGAUUGAAAAAUUUGACUCUUCAAAAGGGUGCAAGAUUUCAACAUAUGUUUAUUGGUGGAUACGGCAGGGUAUUUCAAGAGCUCUAGUUGAGAACUCACGAACAUUAAGAUUGCCAAUUUAUUUGCACGAGAGGUUAUCUUUGAUCCGCAAUGCCCAGAAUAGACUCAAAGAGAGAGGAGUCACUCCAACUAUUGAUAAAAUUGCAAAAUGCCUUAAUAUAUCUCAAAAGAAAGUUAGAAAUGCUACUGAGGCUAGCAGCAAAGUUUUCUCCCUUGAUAGGGAGCCAUUUCCCUCUCUGAACGGUCUUCCAGGAGACACACAUCAUAGUUACAUUGCAGAUAAACGACUUGAGAACAUCCCAUGGAAUGGAGUAGAUGAGUGGGCUCUAAAGGAGGAAGUGAAUGGGCUCAUUAAUGCGACCCUUGUGGAACGAGAGAGAGAAAUUGUUCGUCUUUAUUAUGGACUGGAUAAAGAAUGUCUUACGUGGGAAGACAUAAGUAAACGGAUGGGUUUGUCGAGAGAAAGAAUAAGGCAAGUUGGACUUGUUGCAUUAGAGAAACUAAAACAUGCCGCAAGGAAGAAGGAGUUGGAAGCCAUGCUUUUGAACCAUUGA